CAGCGGGUUUGCGACGUUUAGCGACUGUGGCGCCUGCGCGCGUGCGGCCGGCGGGGCUGGGGCCGUGGCGGCUCGUGCCGGGUGAUGCUAGGCGUAUCCCGGGGCUCCAGGCUGUUGCGGGGUGUGGGUGGGAGGCACAGGCAGUUCGGGGCGCGAGGUGUCCACGAAGGUGGCACAGCCAUGGCGGCAGGGGAGAGCAUGGCUCAGCGGAUGGUCUGGGUGGACCUGGAGAUGACAGGAUUGGACAUUGAAAAGGACCAGAUUAUUGAGAUGGCCUGUCUGAUAACUGACUCGGAUCUUAACAUUUUGGCUGAAGGUCCCAAUCUGAUUAUCAAACAGCCAGAUGAGUUGCUGGAUAGCAUGUCUGAUUGGUGUAAGGAGCAUCAUGGGAAGUCUGGUCUUACCAAGGCAGUGAAGGAGAGUACAAUUACAUUGCAGCAGGCAGAGUAUGAAUUUCUGUCCUUUGUACGACAGCAGACUCCUCCGGGGCUCUGUCCACUUGCAGGAAAUUCAGUUCAUGCAGAUAAGAAGUUUCUUGACAAAUACAUGCCCCAGUUCAUGAAACACCUUCAUUAUAGGAUAAUUGAUGUGAGCACUGUUAAAGAACUGUGCAGACGCUGGUAUCCGGAAGAAUACGAAUUUGCACCAAAGAAGGCUGCUUCUCACAGGGCACUCGAGGACAUUAGCGAAAGCAUCAAAGAACUUCAGUUUUACCGAAAUAACAUCUUCAAGAAAAAAACAGAUGAAAAGAAGAGGAAAAUUAUAGAAAAUGGGGAAAAUGAGAAGACUGUGAGUUGAUGCCAGCUGUCACGAGGCCACGCCGUAGUGCUCUGGAAGCAUCUUUAGUGAUUUUCUUUUUUCUUUUUUUCCCCCCAUGCUGAAUCUCAGCAGAGCACUUUCCCCUCAGUUAACUUGCAUCUGCAGAUUCUGCAAGCAAACAUCACUGAUUUUUCUUCUAAUCUGCUGUUUUCUGUUAAGACACAGCAGCUCCUUUGUAAGCUCCAGGCCACACCCACCUCUCAGUGCAUACCUGCAUUUGCUUUUAGACCAUUUCUUUUGUUUAAAAUAAAUAAAUAAUAAAUAAAGCUAGUUCUAUUGAAAUGCA